UGGAGUAUCCUAUUGUUCUUUUAUUGGAAAUAUGGAAAAAUGCUUUUAUUGUGUUAAUUAAUUCCGCGAAGGUAAAUAAAAUGUAAAAUAGUAAGUUCUUUUUCUCUCAUCCCAUUGAUUAAAAAGAUAAAUUCCUAAUAAUGUAAUAAUAAUCGUAUUUAUUCAUUUAUGGUUUAUUUGUGUUGUAAAUUUAAAGUAGAGUUCCCCCUUUUAUGUUGAAGGUUUAGAAUGUAAUAUUCACUUAAGGUAAAGUGAAAUAUUAAAAUAUUCAAUUUAAAGUAAAUAAUUUUAACGUAUUAAUAUUGUUCUAAUACUUUUAAAAUGAAGUAUUAAAAUACUUGCUGGUUGAAAACUUUUGAAAAGUCCUUAGGGUUUCUUCGAGCACGGAAACUCGAGGAGGACUGAAGAAUGCCUGGCUUCGCACCCUCUACUUAUAACAUCUCUCAUCCCUACUUUAAUUUAUGCGCAUGUUCGUAAAGUAAUUGAAGAGUCGCAGGUUUAAGAAGCAAUUCUUUUCGUACGGAUGAAUUUUGCUGCCAUAAACAUUACGGUUUAUAGUUACAGUGAUGAAACAUGGCUACACCAGCUGCUAAGAAAGGAGACAUUAAAAAUGUUCCUCCGGAACAAGAGAACAGUCCAGGAACAGCAGGGGAAGGUGAUGCUCUUCCACAGAAGACACCUUUGAUACCAGGACGUUCAUUCGGCAAAAGAUGGCACAAAUUCCAUGCUUUGACUCCCAAUUCGGCGAUCCUCCGUGGAUCAUUUGCGAUGACCGAUCCUCAUUUCAAGUACCGGAGUCGUGGCCGUCAGGCCGCUCCAGCGUCAGUAGUAGCCAUCGUCUAUGGUCGUCUGUUCGAGCCCAAGGAAUGGAUCAAGGAUUACGUGGACCAGGUGUUAGAAUAUGGAGACAAAGUGUAUCGUACCAGCGCCAUGAGGAACCACGUGAAAGACGACGAGUACAUGAGGGCUAGGCUGAUCCAUCCGGAGUUCUACAUAUCCAACUACAAGGUUUUGGUUUGCGUCGAAGAGACUGGCAUUUAUGGGAAUCUAUUCAGUGAAACAGUAGGCUGUCCAGACUUUGCGGACGGUUUGAGUAAGUUCUUCCAGGCUAACGACGCAGGAGUGAUAACUGCUCAGGGUACAUCGAUCGCCAUGUGGCGACAUCCCGAUGUUGGUUUUCUCUACUUUAACCCUGCACCAUGCGACGAGGAAGGUGUCCGUCGACCGGAUGGCGUUGCCUGUGUCAUGAGGUUUAAGUGUAUGAACGAUCUCAGGGACCAUUUCCUAAAGAGCAUGAAUCAACGGUAUGAUUCGAGGUAUUGCAUCGACAAGGUUACCGUAUUACGCGUCAGUGAAGUUGGUCGAGGCUACAUUAACCGCAUGCCUAGCAGCAGUCGUCUAACUGUCGACAAGAGUGUGCUUCGUGCGAUUAAUCCCGUUGAUAUUGACGAGAAUAAGAUGGAUUGUACCAAACCGGUUCCUAAAGGAAACAAGAUGAAAGCCGUCACUACUGCUAAGAUCCACAGAGAACCGUUAUCAAUCACGAUUUCGAAUUACAGCAUAGAUAAAAAAUUUGCCACUGAUCCCCUGGUGGAUCAAAAUAAAUUUGACACGGGUUACACCUACGAGAACAUGCACGUGAACGUACCGUCAACGUUCAGAGAACUGCCCGGUUACAUGGCAAUUCUUCACGGGUUGACUCACGAAAGCAGCGACGUGUACAAAGCGAAAGGAGCGCAGAACGUGGUAAACUGUGUGAUGGCCAUCGCCAUGAAGAAGGUUCAUCCAGUAAAAACGUGGUUCAGACCAAAAUUAGACGAGAUAUUGGCUCUUGGAGACAGUGUGUAUGCAGACGUGAAGUCUGAGAAGCCGUCGAUUAAGUCUAUGACAGCAUCAGAUCUGUCCGACGUGAAAGUCCAGAUAGAGAAUCGAAAGUUGGUGAUCGAUGUGGACCUUAUUACGGUAACCGGUACCGUCAGUUCGAAGAUCCCUACGGUUCUAAACUUAAAACAAGCCCUGGAAGAGUUUUUCCUAGUGAAUACAGAAGGCGUUAUCGAAUCCUCGUCAAUGUCUGUCGCUAUCUGGAGCCAAGAUGACUGUUACUACAUGUUCGAUCCUCGGCAAUGCGACACGAACGGUGUUAGGGUUCGAGAAGAGAAGGGAAAGAAGAAUGGGGAAGAGAAAAAGAAAGGGAACUGUUGCGUGAUGAGGUUUCCGAAGAGUGAUGUUUUAGCUAUACAGUUCUGGAAGGACCUCGAACCGGUUAAGAAGAACGAUCGAUUCACUAUUAGACACAUUACUAUCUUAGACGACAUUCCUGGGACCAGACCGUGGCAUGACUUUCAGCCGGGAACACCAGGAGAAACGUGGAUUCUUCAGGGUACUACUUCCAACGAAGACGAAGAUUUCGAGGAUGAAAAUAAAGGACAACAAGGACUGGCUAUGCCAGUGGUGGCUCUGAUUGCUGCCAAAGAAACAUCGCCUACAAAAUGGACAAACGAGACCAUUGACACUGUACUACACGAAGGGGACGCGUAUUACACUUGGUGCAAUCCUGUCACAGAUGCAGACGAAGAGGAGACGAAGUAUUUCUUCGUGCCGAACUUGAAGAAAAAUCUUUACUAUAAGAACAGGAAGGUUAAGAUUGACGUGGAAGAAGGAACGGUCGUUGGAAAUCUGUCAUCAACGGAGGAUAGUGACUUUCUGAACAUGACGAGAGCCUUGACACAAUUCUUCCAGGAUUACCAAUACGGAAUCGUCGACGUGAAGAACUUGAAUGUUGCAGUCUGGAAAGUGGAAGAAGACGUGAAAGAAAAGGAAGAGAUCGUUCAGCGUCCUGUCUAUUACUGUUUCGAUCCAAAUCCAAGGAAUAAUAAAGGUUUGUCGGACCUAACCCAGACUGACGAAGAAGAGGUACCUGUAGCCUGUGUGAUCAGGACAUUGGACAUCCCAGUUCUAGCUAAACUGAUCCAAGCGAACGCGGAACAAGACGAGGAGGCUCCACCAACCGAUGACUUUUUUAUACAUGCUAUGAAGAGUAUUCAGAUAGGUAAUGAGAUGACUGAAGAAGAAAUCGAGGCGGACAAGUUGAUCCCGGUGAAGCCUGAUCUUCACAAUUAUAUAAGCAUGGGUGAUAACGGAGCUAUUUUGACGGGUAGCUUUAAUCAAGCUAACGAGAUGAUGUUCAAGCGUCAAACUAGGGACAAACAGCAAGCUGCUAGUGCCUUGGCAGCUUUGGCUAUGACAAAAUUAUACAAUCCCCACCUUUGGUACCGAGAGGUAGUCGAUGAUAUCUUGAAGAUAGGAGACAAAAUCGCACAGGAGAAUUUGGAAAAUAUCCCAGUGGAAGAAACAGAUGAGGAGGAGACACUUAGAAACUACCUACUUCCUGAUGAAAUUAACGAAGAGUUUACGGUCGGGGUGAAUAAAAUGUUUGUAGAGUUGGAAGCAGAAAACGUCACUGGCAGAAUGACUGAGUUAGAGAGUCAGUUGGAGAGUUUCUUCGAGACGAAUCUCAUGGGCAUCGUUAGGCAAGAGAACAUAAUGAUGCCCAUCUGGAGAGAGGGAGACGUAUUUUUUACGAUGGAUCCGAAAGGAAGAGACUCCAGAGGCGAGCCACGAGAAAAAGACGGUGUAGCAGUUAUCAUGUGGUUCACGGAUAUCCCAUCGUUGGCAGCGGCAAUUCAACAAGUUGCUACUGGUGAUGACUUUGUCAUUGAUUCCGUCAGCUUAAGUAAUGCUUAUGAAACCAGAGUGGCCGAGGAAGAACGGCCAGUUAAGCCAACUUCCGGAGAGAAUCCUUGGUAUCAUUUCCCCAAAAUAACUGAGGAUGUUUGGGCUAUCAAUGGUACAGUUAAAAUGGAUGACAAGAGGUUCCAGGAGGCUAAUCGAAACAAACAGACGGCAGCCAUAGCGGUGAUGGCAAUCGUCUUCGCGAAGGUUUACGAACCUCGAUACUGGACCAAAUCGGUUCUAGACGAAGUGAUCGUCACUGGUGACAAGCUACAUUCAAAAUGUGUUGAGAGACUAGGAGGUGGUGCGAUACCCAGAAUCAACGAGAUCAUGACUGAAUUUUUCCUCUCCAGUCGUCGUAUUAACCUUAGUAUCAAGGACUGCGUUGAAGCUGGUAGUCUUACAGCGAAACCACCAAAAGUUCAGGGUCUGCAGGAUGGUGUAGACAAGUUCUUCUCUAGAUACACUUCUGGUGCACUGACAGUCAGUGGGAACAGAAACAACCCAGUUUGGAAGUUUGAUAAUUUUUAUUACACGUUAAUACCAGAUUGGGGUAGUAGCACGGAAGAAGGAACAUCAAGUGCUGCCAGAGUCUUAAGAGUUGCCAAUACCGAGAUCCUUGUAAAAUACUUGAUUGAUUUUCUGGGUACUGAAAGUGAUUAUGAGAUGAUUGUUAUAGACGUGCUCAAUUGGAACAAAUUUCCACCAUGGAAAUUCGAUCCUAGUGCAGCUGUUCGUCCCUCCAAUCUACCACCUUUCAACGCUUACAGAAGAGUUCAAGGCGGAGCCAGAGCGAUCCUACGUGGAAGCUACCACCAAGGAGACAGGAUCUUUCCCGAAUCUUUCAGGAACAAGCAGACGGCUGCCAACUGUGUUGUCGCCAUUGGCAUGUCCGUCGUAAAAAAUCCGAUCACCUGGACGAAGAGAACUAUGGAUGAGAUCCUGGCCAUCGGGGCAAACGUCCAUAGACUCACUCAGAAGGCUAAACCGACGAUAGUGAGGAUCAAACCCAAGGAUAUCAUCAGAGUGUUCUAUGUAGGAGUAAAUAUCUUGACUGCUGACAUCGAGGCUAGUACUGUAAGCGGUUUAGUCGCGAUUCCUCCUCCUCAGCCUGAAGACAAGAAAAAGAAGAGGCGAGGUGGAGCUAGAAGAGUUAAAGGAAGUAGACGGGCGAAGAAAGCUAGAGGGCCUACCAGAGUUAGACCACCGCCUCCUCCACCGAUUCUUCUAGAGAAAGGAAUCCAAAAGUUCUUCGAGAAAAAUCGAGCCGGUGUCCUAGUCACCGAUCGUGGAGCUGUGGCCAUCUGGAAGGACAUGGGGAUCUACUUUAUGUACGACCCUAGAGCUCGUAGUGACCAAGGGCUGCCAGACUUCUAUGGAACUUCUUGUGUCAUGUGGUUCGCGUGUAUCGAGCCUCUCUACGAAGUACUGUUCGCUAAUAUCGACGAACAGGAAAAGUAUGGGCGUUACCAAAUCUGUAGGGUUAUCAUCAAGACUGCUAACAUCGAGCCUCUACCCUGUCCAGCUGGAUUCAGACCGUACUUUGACUGUGUUACUCCGCCUAUUCCAGUGACCCAUGGGAACAAGAAUACUACGCUAGACGUGGAAACUGUAACAGAGUAUAAUUUCGUGGACGAGGAGCUAAGCGUUCUUCGUGGAACCUUGCACAUGAACCAUCGUACCUGGAGCAGCGACAGUAGAGGCUACCAGAGCACAGCCAUCGCUGCUGUCGCCAUUGUGGUUGGUCUUCUUCAUGUUCCUUCCACCUGGACACCCGAACUAAUCGACGCUAUACUGAAGUAUGGCAAUUUAUUGCAUCUGGACACCGUGCGGGCUGCUCGUCCUGGCUCCAGGAACUUGUCACCCAGUGAAUUGUUGACAGUGUUCAUUAUCGGAGACUUCAGAGCUACUAUCCACGUUCACAAUCACACUGCGGCCGGUCUGCUGCACGCCUUUGACCUAGCGGAAUCUCUAUCUAUGUUCUUCAGGUCCAACUGCUCGGGUAUACUUCACACGACUAACAUGGCAGUAGCAGUGAUGCAGCAUUACGGCAAGUUCUAUCUUUUCGAUCCUUGCGCAAGGGAUGAUCAAGGCAGGCCGAAUUUUGACGGCGCAGCCUGUGUGAUGAAGUGCGAGAGCAUCAUGAAAAUGGCGAAAGUAUUCGUGCUCAAUUGCAAUCUGAAGACCCCGAACAUUUACACCUUGAACGCGGUGAACGUUUUGAGUUUGUUCUUCUUCUCGGACGCUAAAACCGGUUGUCCACCGAAGUGCGAACAGUAA